AUGGCCCCCUGGAAUCUUUUAGCUGUCAGCGCUGCCGUCCUGCUGGUCGCCGUCAAGCCGGAAUAUGCGCUGCUGCAUUCGUACGCCGUGACGGCCGCCGUCUUCCUCGCGGUCACGGGACUGGCCCGGUUCGUGUACAGCGCUAUUUUGUAUCCUGAAUUUCUGUCCCCAAUCAAACACCUGCCUACGCCGCCGGGCCGAUCAUGGAUCAAGGGCAACACCCAGUCGGUCUUCCUCGAAUCGCCCGGCCAACUCGCUGCCAAAUGGAUUCAGACAGUGCCCAACAACGGGCUCAUCCGGUAUUACACCGUCGGCAAUCUGGAGCGAGUGCUGGUCACCAGCCCCAAGGCCCUGAGUGAGGUCCUCGUCACGCGGGGUUAUGAAUUCCCAAAAACCGAACUCGCACGGUUGCAGCUUGCUCGGCUGACUGGGAACGGGCUGCUUCUGGCUGAAGGUGAUGAGCAUAAGACUCAGCGCAAGUCCCUGAUGCCCGCCUUCUCGUACCGCCAUAUCAAAGACCUGUACCCCGUCUUCUGGGCCAAGGGCAUCGAAAUGAUCAAGGAGAUCGAGAAGGAGCUGCCCUCGCAGGACAACAUCGUCGAGGUGCGCAACUGGGCGGGCCGCACCAUGCUGGACAUCCUAGGCCUGGCCGGCCUGGGCUACGAUAUCGGCUCCAUCCAGGACCCGGACAACGAACUGAGCCGUACGUAUCGGGACCUGGUCACGGAGCCGUCGCCCUGGAUGAAGUUUAUCAUGUUGCUGGGGAUCUUCUUCAUCGGCCCCAGACUCGUCAUGAAGCUGCCGCUAAAACGAAACCGGGACUUCCGCGCCGGAGCAGAGUACAUCCGCACCGUGGCGCGGCAGAUCAUCCGGGAGAAAAAGGCCCAGAUUGAGAGCAACGACAAAGCCAGCCGGGACGUCGACAUCCUCACGGCCGCUCUGACCAGCGGCACCUUCUCCGAGGAGAACCUGGUCGACCAGAUGAUGACCUUCCUGGCCGCAGGGCACGAGACGACCGCCAGCGCGCUGCAGUGGAGCGUCUACGUGCUCUGCAAGCACCCGGAGAUGCAGCAGCGACUGCGCGACGAAGUCCGCGCCAAUCUGCCUCCCAUCUCGGUCGAGGAUCCGGCGCCCGUCACGGCAGCGGCGGUGGAUUCGCUGCCCUACCUCAACGCCUUUUGCAACGAAGUACUCCGCUUCUACCCCCCGGUGCCUCUGACAGUGCGAGCCGUAACACGCGACACGACUAUCCAGGGCUCUCGCAUCCCCGAGGGGACGAUCCUGGUGAUCGCGCCCGAAGCCACGAACCGGGACCCAGAGCUCUGGGGCCCGGACGCAGACAAGUUCAAACCAGAGCGGUGGCUGGGGCCGGGGAGAGCAAACAGCGGCGGCGCCAGCAGCAACUACUCGUUCCUGACCUUCCUCCACGGGCCGCGCAGCUGCAUCGGCCAGGGCUUCGCCCGGAGCGAGCUGGCGUGCGUGGUGGCGGCGCUGGUGGGGAGGUUCCAGAUGGAGCUGAAGGAUCCGGAUGCGGAGUUGAGGGUGCGCAGCACGGUCACGCAGGCGCCGCUGGACGGGGUGAUUUCGAGGUUUAAAGUGGUGGAGGGGUGGUAG